CUCUUUCUCUCUUUCUCUUUUUCUCAUAUCGAUCAUGUCUUACUGGCUUCACUUGCCUUCAGAAUUAUGGUACAAAAUAUUUCAACUUUUGCCUAGGCAGGAUAUUAUGGAAUGUCAACUCACUUGCCAACUGUGGCACAAAGUCUCCAAAAGGGCCGCGUAUAACAAAAUAACAGUCUAUGAAGACCACCAAGUGCCUUUGUUAAUAGACACAUUUGCCAACUCAUCUUUUGUACCUGGGCACUUUGUCAGGCACCUUGAUUUGCCUUGUGAAGACAGUCAGAGAUGGGAUCUGGAUUCCGUGCUUGUUCAAAUUGCCAAUCACUGCCCCUACGUUGAAUCUAUUACCUUAUCGAAAACCUGUGCCUUAUUUUAUAACAGAAUUGCACAAGAGCUCCAAAAAGGCAACUUAUCGUACCUGGAUAAACUUCAAUUCCCUCAAGUGGACGGCAAAGAACUCGAGAGUUACACAAAUGUCAUAAUGCUCAUGCACGAUAGACUCAAAAAAAUCAAAAUAUCAGAUUGUGUUUCCUCCUCCUUUUUUACAAAGACAUACAGACCAUUGACUGAUAAGGUCAAGGAUUUUAAGCAAGUGGAAAGACUUGUGUUAGAAAAGUUUAGAGAAUGGUCUUUAAACGAACUCAAUGCUCUUGUUGACUCAUUAGAGGAAUUAAAGUAUCUUAGACUGAUCCUACAUCUAUCAUCGCCUUUGGAUACAUACAAAGAUACAGUGCUGAAGCCAAAAACAAAAGUGCGUAAACUGUAUAUCAAUCGAAUCAUAGGCUUGGAGAACGCAUUUGUGUAUAUAAUGAACAAGUUUCCUUGUCUAGAGCAUCUCGAAAUAGACAAAGCAAACCACGAUAGGCCCAUCCUUUUAUCGAUUACACGUCAAUCCAACUUUGAUCCUUCCAUCAUGAAGCAAUUGAUUUUUUAUCUAAAAAACCUCAAGAGCUUCAGUAUCAAAAAACUAGAGAAUAUGCUUGAAUUUGCCUUCUUGCUCAGAAAGGAAUUGACUGUAGGAAGACUGGGGAUCAAAUUGUUGUUUGAUAUAGAGCCAGACGAUGUCAAGUUUUACCUCAACUUGUUUUACCACCGAGAUUUGCCUAGUACGGAUAGUACUAUUCAUUUACAUAUUUCAAACAAAAACAGGUCUAUUGAUCUUUCACCUAUUCUUGAAGCAUUUGGCCCGAUCAUUAAUGAACUGACUAUUCGGUAUGGAGGAGAAGGCCCUGUAGACAAAUGCGAUAUAGAAAACAUAUUAAAUAACUGUCCUAAACUUCAGCAGUUAAAUCUAAAAAAUCUUCAGCUUAUCGAAUGCAACGCUGGAGGUGAAUGUAAUGAAUCUCUUAAAAUGCUGACACUUGUCAAAUGUGUCUAUACUCCUUCGGCAUUGACAACAUUAUCUUAUCGACUGCCUUAUCUUCAUCGUAUGGAAAUGAUCAAAUCGACAUUAAUUAAUCAAGCAAAUUCUCAUACUCACUUAUACAUGCCUGGUACUACACUCAAGUUGUUUCAGUUAGAGAGAAUAAGCCUUAGAAACAUUGAUACGUUUGUCUAUUUGCAUUUACGAACAAGAGAUGCAGAAACACAUUAUAGACUAGAUGGUUUAACUUCUACCUCGGUUACAGCAGAAGAAUAUCAGGCCUUUGUAUCCAAUGACCAAGUAUUAACACUUGAUAUCAAGUGUAACAAGAUUGAAUGUUUAAACGUGAUUGACUGGCAAUUUUACAUUGUAUUUCAUAUUCAAGACUAAACAAUUUCUUUUUAUGGAAAAAUUUAUCGAAAAUUUUUUAAUUUCGUUUCCAUAUGGCGAUCGUUGCUAAUGAUAUCAUUUGUCUAUACACCAAUCAUAUUAGAAGCAAAAUAAAAAAAAAAGAGAUAUAAGCUUUUUUGUUUUAUCUAUA